AUGUCUGUAACUCCACCAGGUGGUCAACGUACUUUACAAAAGAGAAGACAAGCUCAAUCUAUUAAAGAAAAGCAGGCUAAGCAAACCCCAACUUCCACAAGAAGUGCUGGCUUUGGUGGCUCUUCUAACUCCAUCCUAAAGAUCUUUACUGAUGAAGCAAACGGUUUAAGAGUUGACCCAUUGGUUGUUUUAUUUUUAGCUGUUGGUUUUAUUUUUUCUGUUGUUGUCUUACAUGUUAUUUCCAAGGUUACUGGUAGAAUUUUCUAA